AGAUGCCGUGUUGCUCAAUUAUACCGUCUGGUAUCUGACCUUGACGAUAUGGAACAUCUGAAAUCUUAACAUUUACCAUCACAGCCUGAGGAUGGACCUCCUUACUGAAUGAGAUGGAACUUAAUUGUAUUUGAACAUUGAUCUCAACGGUUUCUCUCUCUCUCUCUGCCAGGAGAAGUAUCCACAUGUGGUCAGUCUACCCGGAGGCUGCAGGGCCGAGGCCAUGCAGAUCAAGUCACCUAAACUAGCCGGGUGUGCUCUGACUGUCUACUGGAGCAUUGAGGUGACCAAUGAGGGGGAUGUCACACCCAAGAUAGACCUCCUUACCAAGAUGCCUGAGAAGGUGCUCGAGAUGGACAGCAGGAAGGUGAUCGAGAAUGCCCCUGACUCCUUCCAGAGUCUUCUGAGGAUCCUCGGAGCGGAGGCUUCUAUUGACACUGUAAUACAGUCCGUGGCUGUUUAACACGUCUGUAACUGGGUCACAUUCCGUUAGAAAUGGCAUGAAUKAUGUUUUGCCAUCUGCAAUGUUCAGAGUAGAAAUGAGUCCCUUACUCUACCUGUCAGAGGUAUGUUUGUUCUAUAUUUCUAUCUGAACGUGGCKCUGGGUUGUGUUCAGUAGACACCAAACAGAAGAAAACAUUUAAUACUGGUCCAAUAACAACUGCUUAUUUUCCAUUGCUGUUUUGUACCCUAAUGCACACAGCCUUGCUGUAAAAGUCAGGACAAAUCCAUGUCUGACAGGGUCACUUAAUUUGUAGUUUUAAAAUACUGAUUGUUGCAUUAUUUGAGCUUAAAAUAUUACAUUUAGUUAUUGGAAUUGUAAAAAAUAUAUAUAUAUUUUCAAUAUGUCUCUUCCAUUUCUAUGUUUGGAAAUGCCCUUGAAUCAAACCAAAACAUGUCGUUUCUUUGACUUUAAAGAAUAUUUCUCUCAAUACAAAAACAAAAAAAAAUUGUCUGGAGACUUGGUCAAGAAUUCCCCAGAACCCACAUUCUCUGUCAUCAGUUUAUUAAAUAUAAACAAUUCUUUACUCUCAAACAUUUAUAAAUAUCUGUUAAUGCCAUCUGUAUGUAUACAUGUCAAUAUAGCAUUAGUUGAAGAUCUAGAAAAAUAAAAAGAAUUUAAAUACAAAAUGCUAAAUA